AUGCAAACGAGCGGGACGCCACGGCACCCCGGGAAGGUGUUCGUCGCCGUCGCGGACGUUGCGCACUGCCUCGCCGACUUCCAGGUGUUCGACGUGCGCUACAGCCUCUGCGACGAGACCCACGGCAAGAGGGCGUACCACAAGGGCCACCUCCCGGGCGCCGUCUUCGUGGACGUCGACGGGGACCUGAGCGGGCCCAUCACGCUCGCCACCGGGCGGCACCCGCUGCCGGACGCCGCGGCGUUUGUGGGGUGGUGCAAGUCGAAGGCCAUCGGCGCGGGGAGGCCGGCGCUUUGCUACGACGACGUCGGCGGUGCCAUGGGCGCCUGCCGCAUGUGGUGGAUGCUGCACUCCCUCGGGAUCGAGGCGUACGUGCUGGACGGCGGGUUCCAGGCGUACGACGCGGCGGGGCUGCCGCUGGAGACGGGGCUCCCGGAGGUGGAGGUCGAGCCGCUGGAAAAGUGGCCCUACGCGACCUCCUUCAAGCGCGCCCUCACAAUCGAGGAGGUGCCGCCCAACGCGGUCAUGGUGGACGCCCGCCCUGCAAGCCGAUUCUCCUCGACGGUGCGGCCCCACGGCUUCGACACACUGCCAGGGAGUGUGCAGAACGCCCUCUCGUGCCCGUGGGACGGCUUCAUGCAGUGCAAGGACCAACACAGGUGCCUGAAGCCUGACGAGGAGUGCCGCCGCAUCGCACUCAAGGCACUCGAAAGCGUGUGGGAGGUUAUCCACGCGGAUGCCUCCAACUGCGUCUUUUUCUGCGGCAGCGGCGUUACCGCGACGCUGUCCAUCGCCGUCCUGAGCCACCUCGGCCUGGGCGAGACCUUCCUCUACGGCGGCUCGUGGUCCCAGUACGGCGUACGGUUCGCUUUCAGCACGGCCCGCCGCAUUGUGGAAGAGCACGGCAUGUUCUUCAAGAUGCUGUCGCCGAACCUUGACGACAGCCCGGCGGUGACUGCGGCCGACGCGGCCACAGUUGUGGUCGACGGGGCGGUUGCGCAGCAGCCGGACGCGGAGGUCGCGGCGGCCGUGGCGCACAUGCGCAUCGGAGAAAAGGCGCAGGUCUUCUUUAAGAGCCACAGGACCGCCGUGAUUGAGGUGCUGCCGAAGUAG